AUGUCUGUUGUUGGUUCUCUUAUAUUCUGUCUAGACUGUGGUAAUCUUUUAGACAAUCCAAGCACAGUUUCAGGUUCAGAAGUUACCUGCUCACAAUGCCAGGCGAAUUAUCCUAAAUCUGAAUUUUCCAAUUUGAAAGUUGUUACACAGACCGCCGAAGAUGCAUUUCCAUCGUCACUGAGGUCCAAGAAGUCUGUGGUCAAAACCUCUUUAAAGAAGAACGAAGUCGAAGACGGUGCUGUUAUCAAGGAAAAAUGUCCCAAAUGUGGUAACGAUGAGAUGCGUUACCACACUUUACAAUUAAGAUCCGCCGAUGAAGGUGCCACCGUUUUCUACACCUGCACUGCAUGUAAUUAUAAAUUCAGAACAAACAACUGA